AAUUAAGUUUGAUUGAGUACAUUGUUCUCCUGUCUUUUCUCUCCUCAGUUCUCACCAAGGCCAUAAACCCCAAACCUCAAUCCACCACUCACAACCCCGUUGUUGCCAUCUGCAACCGCAGUCAACAACCUUCUCCAGUGAAACAGCCAGAGUUCUAAAAGUGAAAAAAAAAAGGGUAUACAGCAAAAAGAGAAAGGGGACUGUUUGGAAAUUUUAAUGUCGUGACCAUACUCAAGUACCAUGUUGCAGCUGAAAUCUGUUAUAACUUUGCAAAGUCGGUGCUAAAAAUCUACUUCUAGAAAGAGGAAUUUCGGUCGUGUUUAUGGUGCAAUGGAGAUUGAUUUGGGAAAACUUCCAUUUGACCUCGAUUUUCAUCCUUCUGAUAACCUCGUUGCUGCCGGUCUCAUCACCGGCCAACUCCUUUUAUAUCGUUAUGCCGCUGAAUCUACGCCAAAAAGGCUGCUGGAAGUGAAUGCUCAUACUGAGUCAUGCAGAGCUCUCCGUUUCAUCAAUGAAGGGCAUGCUGUGGUUACGGGAUCUCCAGAUUGUUCCAUUCUUGCCACAGACAUUGAAACUGGUACAGCAGUUGUACGUCUGGAGAAUUCUCAUGGAGCUGCUGUAAAUAGAAUUGUUAACUUGACAGAAUCGACCAUUGCUUCUGGAGAUGAUGAAGGUUGUAUUAAGGUGUGGGAUACCCGACAAGGUUCGUGCUGUAACUCUUUCAAUGUUCAUGAAGAAUACAUAUCAGAUAUGACGUUUGCCUCAGAUUCCAUGAAGUUGGUCGGAACAAGUGGGGAUGGCACUCUAUCUGUUUGCAAUUUAAGAAGCAACAAGGUGCAAACAAGAUCAGAGUUUUCUGAGGAUGAACUGCUCUCGGUUGUUAUUAUGAAGAAUGGUAGAAAGGUUAUAUGUGGAACGCAGACUGGAACUCUUUUGUUGUACUCGUGGGGAUUUUUUAAAGAUUGCAGUGAUCGUUUUGUUGAUCUCUCUCCUAAUUCAGUUGAUGCCUUGCUAAAGCUGGAUGAAGAUAGAGUAAUCACUGGUUCCGAGAAUGGGAUAAUCAGCUUGGUAGGUAUAUUGCCCAACAGAAUAGUUCAGCCAAUUGCUGAGCAUUCAGAAUAUCCAGUGGAACGUCUUGCCUUUUCUCACGAUAAGAAGUUCCUUGGCAGCAUAUCACAUGAUCAGACAUUAAAGCUAUGGGAUCUGGAGGACUUGCUUCAAGGGUCUGGAAACACUAUACCAGAUCAUUCUUCUGCAUCAGACAGCGACAAUGAUGGGAUGGACGUUGACGAUAGUAUUGCAAAACCUUCUAAAGGGACUAAGAGGAAAAAUGCGAGCAAGGGGCAAAACUUCAGCAGUUCGAGCAACUUCUUUGCUGAUCUAGAUUAAUAAGCCGCCAGUGGAUCAUGAGAUCAUUGUUAUUUGCCUAAAUGCACUUGGAUGGAUACAGGCACGAUUGCUGAUUCCAUGCUUGAACGCAGAAAUGCUCCCAGCUAGAAUUGUUGGAUGUUUGAGGAAGCCAGUUUUAACACAAUUCUGUACACUAUUUAUUCUCUUUAUUGCUUUUAAAAGGAUAGGUCGUGUUGCUCAACGGUAUUUACCAUGACUUUUAGUCCAUCGUUGUUGUAGUUAUUCAAAGUGUAAGCAAUAGUAAUUUUUUUUUCUGAUAGAUAAUAUUUAAUUAUUCAUGAA